UUCGCUACAAUUUGCAGUUAAUAAACUAAACACCCUUCAUCGUGUAUUGCUCAUAUAAAAAAAAAAAGAAUUUUUCUUUUUUUUUUCAUAAAUUUUUUUGCAACUCGAAAUAAAUACUUUUCUAAUAAAUAAUAAAAAAAAUUAUACACUAAAAGAAACCACUCCAAAACUAGACUUGAACAAUUCUCCACAACGGCAGUGCAAAGCAAAUAAUCGUCGUUGAGACAACCGGGGGCCUUUCUUCUUUGCACACACCGAAAAGCAAAAAGUAUGGCCGAAGCAGUUGUCGGAGGAGAACCAACCUCACCCCCCAGCAGGUUCUACUGUCAUAUGUGUAAUCUUGAAAUCAACAUAUACAACAACGAUUACACAUGUCCUCUAUGCGCUGGUGGAUUCAUUGAGGAACUGCCACCAUUAACUCCUGUGGGCGGUAAUUCUGAUACUGCUGCUGCCAGUAGUAGUUCAACUACUACCGGCGACAAUCAGUCAUCAUCUAACAAUGACCCACCUCGGUCAGAUUCGCCCAAUAGUCGAAUGAACGAUUUAGUUGCUACUUUACUAAUGACCCGCGGCAUGCCUCCCUUAACUCUAAAUGGGCCACGCGAAUUAGAAAUAUCAAUUGAUGCUAACGGCGACGCCAGUGUUGUUGGCAGCGGCAGCAUUGGCAACAUUAGUAAUGUCGGUCGCAACAGACGCGGAACUGCCGGUGGUAGUGGCGGUUCCGGCCGGCAACGGCAAACCAAUGUUCAUAGAUUAGACAAUGUAUUUUUGGAUUUUCUAAGUUCCCUCUCAGGUGGGGAAGACGGUCCCUUCGGUGGCAAUUCACAAAUGUUUUUUAUGGGCAAUCCCGGUGACUAUGCUUGGGGUCGCGAAGGUAUUGACACUGUUGUCACACAACUUUUAAAUCACAUGGACUCGUCUGGUCCGCCGCCUCUACCAAAAGAAAAAAUCGCUGAAAUUCCAACCGUGGAGAUAAGCGAAACCGAAGUCGAACAAAAACUCAAAUGCUCUGUGUGUUGGGAGGAUUUUAAACUACAAGAGGCUGUUAGGAAACUACCCUGCUUGCAUGUGUAUCAUGAAAACUGCAUAGUGCCAUGGUUGGAUUUGCAUGGAACUUGCCCAAUUUGCCGAAAGUCGCUGCAAUUAGAGCCAACAUGCUCUAUGCACAAUGGUGCCGCAUCAACAUCUGGGUUGCCAGAUAUUGCGAUGCCGAUACCGAUGUUGUCGAUGCCGACGGCAACUGUAUCGGUAACGUUGACCUCACAGCCGGGUUCUUCAACCCCGACUGCUAGAAUAACUAGCACUCGAAAUGUAGCACCCCAGCCCCCAGCAGCAGCAUCAGCAACUACACCGACAUCAGCACAAGCAGCUCAAGGAUCUUCAACAACAACAACAACUGGACAAACAACAGGUCAAACCUCCUCAUCUUCUUCCUCUAAUGUUAUGGCUUUUGAAGAUGGCAAUGUAGAAUAUGACUUUGAUUAAAUUCACUUAAAAAAAAAAACAAUGUUUAUAUCAACUUGUAGUUGAGUUGAGUUUUUUUAUAUAUAUUUGAAAAUAUAUAAAUAUUGUAUAACGACAAAGAGUAAUUAUUUAUAUUGCUAAAAUGAAGUCUACUUUUGUUUUAUAUAUUAUAUUGUUCUAUUUUUUUCUUCUUUUUUUUUAAUUUUUAAUGUUUUUGUUCUACUUUUAAAAAAACUUUCACGUAUAUAAACAAAAUAUGAUUCUUUCCAUUUUUUAAUUAAAUUUAUAAAAAUAAAGAAAUAACUCAAUUAAAUGCUGAACAAUAUUGUACUAUUAUCCAAAAUAAUAAAAAAAAAACACUAUAUACACGUAUUUAUAUUAAAUAAAAAAAAAACAAA